AUGUCUGAAGCGCAAGGUGCUGGGUUGGCCGGCCUGGAAAAAGAGCUGGGAUGCUCGCCUCUCACACUUCUUGACUGCCUACACACCUUUUGCGGCUCCUGCUUGAAGGAAUGGUUUUCAGCACAAGGCUCGCGCAGGCGGCCCUCCGGCUCCUCCCCUCGUUUCACCUGCCCGUCAUGUCGAGCUGAAGUACGCGGCACCCGCGCAAAUGCCACUGUCACGACGUUGCUGGAUAUGGUCUUGGUCGCCCAACCGGAUCGGGACAGAUCUGCCGCUGAGAAGGGAGAGAUCGCGAGACGAUACAAGCCGGGGGAUUCUGUGAUUCCGCCGCUCCAACCCGACGACGAAAGUGAAGAGGAUGAGGAGGACCAGCGGGUGUUGGAGGAGAUUCGGGAGCUGAGUCUCCACGAGAGUCGGUCACAAGCAACACGAGAGGCUCAGCGCACGACACAGCCAGAACGAGCGCGGGACAGGAGCAGCAAUCCAGAGAGACAGGCAGACGAUGGCCGGUCGCGACGGCGACGAGAAGACAAUUCAGAGCGACAGCGCACGACUCGACCCCAGGGUGACUCGGAACGAACCAGACGUGUCGAGCAUCAAUCAAGCUUGCGUUCACUACUCAGUAUGUCUUCGGAAAUGGAGAGCAUCGAGGAAGAGAUCUUGCGGCAGAUUAUCGAGGAAGGUCUACUGGAUGAUAUCGAUUUGGAUAACGUUGAUCCAACCCAAGAAGAGGAGCUCACUGAGCGCAUAGCGGAUGCGUACCGCAGAAGGCAUAUGCAGCAACCACACUCUCGUCAAGAACAAAGACGCAGGCAAUCUCCUGAGCGUCCUGCGCGUGGGCACUCGCGAUCACAAUCAGCUCAGAGACCUACCGAAACAAGCACGACGACUCGAGAGCCUAACGAUCGACGUCCACCUAUCUCGAGGCCGCACCUUUUCGAUCCGACCACGACGCGCCCGACUCAAGGUCACCAACGACGGAAUUCCGAGCAAGCUAAUGGUCAACGUCGGACGUCACCCGUUCGAGUGAAUCAAGGGUCAACCUCGGAAGAUGUGCUACGACCUGCUGUGCGAUCCUCCAGUGACAUGACCGCGGAGCGGACUCGGAACUCUCAAACUGAGCGAGCAAGAGCGUCGUCAUCCUCGAACCGACCUAGACGAGCAACGGAAUCGGAACAGAAUAUCUCGGACACAUGGAUGGGUGCAGGAAGAGCGGGGGGUUCCUCCAGGCAUAUUAUCAGCCAAUCCACUACGAACUCACCAACCUCGAUUUCUUCACCACCCGCGGAGACUCACAGUUCCACACCGACUGAAAGUGCUGUCCCAACUCUACCAUCACCGCUUGCACCACCUAGGUCUGAAAGGAGGAACCGACCAUCCACGUCACGAUCAAAUGCCGCCGCUUCUCCAAAUGUCCAAUAUCCUGAACCCGCUAUUUCCUGUGACGGCUGUGGGAAGGCGAACAUUCAAUAUGACCUACACGUGAGAUGCCCCAAGUGCAAAGACGGGAAUUAUCAUCUUUGUCUGCGAUGCUACCGUUCUGGCAAAGGCUGCCCCUCGUGGGACGGCUUCCGUUCAUCUGCGCAAAAGACUUUCGAGCGAAUCCUUGCAUCUUCAAAUCACCGACCAGCGCAAAUACGUGAGACUGGACACAUCUUCAUUUCCAUCAAAUAUGAAAGACCGCCCGAAACAGCCCAAAUAACCACGAGCGGUGACAGACAAAUGACUCGCGACAAUCCAUCACGCCGUCUGGAAACAGGGUUCUUCUGUGCAAUUUGCCAAUCAUCAGCAAAUGACUGUUUCUGGAAUUGCCGCCAGUGUAAUGAAGGAGACUGGGGCUUUUGCAACCGCUGUGUCAAUCAAGGCCGAUGCUGCACUCAUCCACUGUUGCCCAUUCGACGCAUGGCCGGCCACCCGGCACCUUCUGCCCCGACUAACCCGGGCGAUACUACGACCAAUGCACCAAUCUCUCUGGACAAGGAGAGUUACAAAAUCCUCUCCUUUUCCACCAAAUGCGAUAUUUGCACCUACCCAAUCCCCGCUUCAGUGACCCGUUUCCAUUGCCUGCAAUGUAACGAUGGCGACUACGACGUCUGCACAAACUGCUACCUCAAGCUCGUCGCAACGUCCAAAAUCAGCAAAGAAAAUGGCCACAACGGCUGGCGCCGCUGUCUAGCCGGACACCGACUAAUUGUCGUCGGUUUCGAGGACGGCGACGAUGGUCAACGACGCGUGAUAGUCCGAGACCUAGUUGGCGGGCACGCCCUGAAAGAUGAGCAUGUCAGCCGCUCACCCUCUUCAUCUCCUGAGAUUGGCACCGGCGACUGGAGCUGGAAGGAAGGCCAAGAGCGCCGCAAAAAGGCCUCUCGUCUGCGAGGCCCCCUUUCCUCUCCAAGCAGUAGCCCUGCUGUUGAUAGUGCGAAUCAGAAUUCAGGAACGCCGACGUCUCAACAGGCCCCGCCCUUUCGACGUUUCCCACCCGAUGGUGGUGUCGGUCUCAUCGUUCAUGCUUUGUGGUCUUGGUACCCCGAAGAAGAGGUCCAGGAUGAGCUGGUUUUCCCGCGAGGUGCCGAUAUCAAAGAGGUCGAGAAUAUCAAUGAUGAUUGGUUCUGGGGAUGCUACGCUGGUCGUACGGGACUGUUCCCUGGAGCACAUGUUACUGCCAUUGGGGAAAUUUCAUAG